GGGGUUCAGAGCUCCAGGUACAGUUCGGUCACUGGCCAAGUGUGGCGAGCGCUGGGCGUCAGGGUCAGUAUCGGUAUCAGGAAUUGCUGAUCGCCGCUGGAGGGUUUACCAUCGUCCCCUGAUUUCUACACCGAAGGAUGUUGCAGACUCUGAGUGACUGGUUUUGGUGGGAUGACCUGUGGCUUCCCCGAAAUCUGACCUGGGAUGAUCUCCAGGAUAGAGAUGGCUUUGUUUAUGCAAAGGUCUCUCAUUUGUACGUCACCAUCCUCUAUGCUGUACUACUUAUGAUGGUUCGGCACUUCUUUGAAAGGCUCAUAGCCACGCCACUUGGAAAAUUUAUGGGGAUUAAAGACCACGUCCGGUUAAAGGCCACCUAUAAUCCUGUUUUAGAACACUUUUUUGUCUCGAUUUCAAAGCAUCCAAAUAAGUCACAGUUGGAAGGCUUGUCAAAGAAAAGCAGCUACUCUAUACGGAUGGUAGAGAGAUGGUUUCGAAGAAGACGAAAUCAAGACAGACCAAGCUUGAUGAAGAAAUUUCGAGAAGCUUGCUGGCGUUGUACAUUUUAUCUCCUAGCAUUUAUCGGAGGGAUUGCUGUCCUCAUUGAUAAACCAUGGUUUUAUGACACAUGGGAAGUCUGGGUGGGAUAUCCUAAACAGACAUUGUUACCAUCCCAAUAUUGGUACUAUAUCAUUGAACUGAGUUUCUAUUGGUCACUCUUGUUUAGUAUCGCAUCAGAUGUAAAAAGAAAGGAUUUUAAAGAACAAAUAAUUCAUCACUUAGCGACUAUCAUCCUGCUGAGUUUCUCCUGGUGUGCGAACUACAUCCGUGUGGGAACCCUCGUCAUGGCAGUGCACGACUCGUCUGACAUCCUGUUGGAGUUGGCCAAGAUGCUCCAUUAUGCUGGGUGGAAAUCCGUCUGUAACUCCCUCUUCGUGGUGUUUGCUGCCAUUUUUAUAAUUACUAGGCUUAUCAUCUUCCCUUUCUGGAUCAUCCACUGUACCUGGGUCUAUCCAAUUUACCACUACCCUGCAUUCUUUGGAUAUUAUUUCUUCAAUGUCAUGCUGGUUGUCCUUCAGUUGCUUCACAUUUUCUGGGCUUACCUCAUUCUACGGAUGCUGGCAAAGUUUCUCUACAGCAAGCUGGAUGGGGAUGAUCGCAGUGAUAAGGAGGAGUGUGAAGACAGCGAUGAAGACGAGGGCAUGAAGAAUGGUACCGGUGUCAGAGGCAGUCUGUCAGUUAACAGCCACCAUGCUCACUGAGGCCGGGAAGGCUCUGCUCUGGCCCAAUGGUGUGGACAUGUUCAGUGCUGGGAGUGGUACCUCUGGAGCAGACUAUAGCGAUGAGUCUCACACUGUCAAUGGACCUGAGGAAAAUCCAGUGUUACCGCCUGUCAAUUUUUUGAGGACCACCAGCCUCAGAGCUGCAUGAGGAGAUGCUCUGUAAGGAAGAUCUACAAGUAUUGAUUUUUAAUACUAUUGUCAAGAGGCAAUGUCGGUAGGCAGAAUCCACUAGUACCUACCUGUUACCAAUUGAUAAAGAGCCUGGCUCACGGAAGAGUUGAAUCCAUUCAUAAAAUUGGCCCUCCUAUCAAAUUUCUUUCUGAAAUAGUCAUAAGGCGUAGAAACAGGACCUUCAGCUGGCUGAAUCUAUACAGAUCAUCAAUCACCCGAUUACACUAAACCUAGCCAAAUUCCAUUUAAUAUUGCCUACAUUCCCAUCGACUUCCACCCCUGGAUUCACUAAUAUUGUGCUCAUUAGAUGCUCGGGACAAUAUUCCGGAGUAAUCGAUUUCAUCUUCUUUCGCUCAGAGAUCAGUGAGUCCUUUCGAGACCACAGCCUCAAGCUUCUAACCUACCAAUGUGGGGUAAUGCAUUUACCAGCCUUUCAAAGUGUUUAGUCCUUUUGUAUUCCAAAUCGUUACUUGCACCACUUUUGUUCUCCCAAUAACCAGUCUCAGCUUCUCGUCAUGACCGAAAGCCCAUGCAUUUCCAUCCACUCAUUAUAGUGUAAAUGGUCUUGUGCAAUAUUUAUGCUAACAUUUCAAAUAGGAGCCAGAUUCUGAGACAAUUGACCAUUCCAAGUGCAAAAAUAUUAAAGGCUUCUCACCUUGUUAGGUAGCAUUUCUGAUUUAACUCUUGCAUUUAUGUAGCCCCUUUUACAACUCAGGGCAUCCCAAAGAGUAUUACAGUCAAUGACAUACUUUUAAAAUGUACUUGCUAUUGUAAUCUGGGGAAGAAUGCACAGCAAUCUGAGUUUGGCAAAAUCCCAUAAAACUGUAAUUUAGUAAUGGUGAGCCUUUCUGUACUUGUUGAUUGAAUUGAAAAGGGGUUCAUAAUUAGAUAGUAUAAUUAUUCUAUUAAACUUAAACAAUUCCUUAGGGAAUUAGAAUUUUCUUCAUUAAGCCAAUGAACACGUAAUUUUAGACCUCUUAAGGGAGAUUUUAAUUUGUGAUUUAAAGCUUAUUUAGAUACAUUUGACUGUUAUAGCAUUUACUAUCUUUCUAAAUUAUUUCUCCAACUAUAGAUAGUCUUAAUAAGAAGUGUGGGAGGAGGAAAACAUUCAGCUCUUUAUCCCUGUGCUACCAUUCAAUUCGAUCACGGCUAAUCUUUUACCUCAGUGUCACCUUUUUCUACUAAGUCCAGGUCCUUUGAUUUCCUAAUAUAAAUCUACUGAGCUUUUUGUUUUCUUGAAUAUACUCUGCAACUGAGCCUCCACAGCUGUCCAAGAAGAUUUCCAAAUGUUUAAGUGAAGAUAUUUCUCUCACCUCCGUCCUGAAUGUUUGAACUCUUAUUUUAGGGCUGUAACCCGUGCUUCAACAUUCCCUGGUCCAUUGAAACAUUGUCACUACUUCUACCAAGUAAAACUCUGUAGGAGUUACAUAUGUUUUAAUGAGAUCACCUCUCAUUCUUCUAAACUCGAGAUUAGGGACUUAUUCUAGUUAAUUCUUUCCUCACAAUUCUAAGGAGUUUAUCAGAUUGGCCUUUGUUUCACUUCUUUUAUUACCUUGAAUAGAAAGGUCAAAAGUUCACACAUGGUAUCACCAUGAACCAAUAUGAUUGCGUCAAAAUGUGUUUUUUCUUGUUCCCAAAUUCUCUUGCAACGAAGGCCACAGGCUGUUUGUGUCGAUACUUGCUGUAUCUGCAUGAUAGUUUUCAACAAUUCAUGUUCCAGGACACCCAGGUCCUUCUGAGCACUAGCACCGUGUAAACACUCACUGCAGAAAGAAUAGCCUGCCUUUCUAUUUUGUCAAGUGGAUGACCUCAUUUUUUCCCCACAUAUUCCAUCUGUUAUGUCUUCAUCGUUUCACUUAACCGAUCUAUAUUCUCUGAAGUUCUUCUGCCAAUCCACACUGCCACAAAGCCUUAAUAUCAUGGCAACCUUGGAUAUGUUACACUUGAUCCUUUUGAGUUGAUUAUUGCUGAAGAACAGACACCCAGCUCCGAUCCCUGUGGGACGACUCUAAGCACAGCCUCCCGAUUCAAAAAUGGCACAUUUCUUCCUAUUCUCUCUGCAUUAGCCAAUCCUCAACCCAAGUCAGUUUCUUCCCAUCAUCCCAUAUGCCUCAAUUUUGUUUAGUAAUCUUUUGUUGGGUGCAGUAUUGAUAUUCUGAAAAUCCAGUAAACCAUGUGCAUUAAUUUCCCUUUUCUAUUCUGCUAGCCACUGCUUCAUAUAACUGCCCCCAUCCAAGCUGCAUAUCUUUUCCCUCCCCUAUAAUGAAAAGCCCUCAGUUAUGCUGAAACCCACAGUGCUCUGGUCAGCCUGCUUGUCUUCCCCGCAUUCUCUAGUUUCUGUCCACACAGAUCGCAUAAAUGUCAUAUCUGUCAGAGUUGAGCAAGCUCCUCCAACAUUACUGUUCUGAAUCAUCAUGUCUGCCUUACUGUGUCUUGACUAAUUAUGUAAACCCAUCUAAGGAGUGUGACUGCCUCCUGGGACUAAAGUGCCCACUCUGAUGUAGUGUAGUUCCCAAAUCUCAGACUCUAGCAUGUUAACUCUGAGCCAAAAUUUAUCAAGAUAUAGAACAGGUUGGCAUCACGUUCCUUUCCAUCAGCUCCCAACAGCAGUCUCAAUGUAUCACCGACUGUGCCGUACUGUAAAGAUUUAAUUAUAUAAUACAAGUUAUGCCAUUGCCUUUAGCUUGUUGAACUCCCUCUUUCAUCAGAAUCAGUUGUGGACUCUACUAAACCAGUGACUUAAAAAAAACAUAGGAAAUCCCAAAAAAAGUAGAUUCUUGUGUAUAAUUAGAAAUGUGAACCCUGCAUUCCCAUUGUUCUUCCAACACAUCCAUUAAAGAUGUUGACUCCCACUCCUAGCACAGCUUAGGAUAUAAAGUGCUAGGCUUGAGGUGAAGCUCAGAAUAAGCCCCCAGAGGGAAUAGGAAAGAAAGUAUGAUAAUUCACAGAGAGACGCAUUAUAUGGAAGUAGACUGUUCUCUCAACCAGCUGACUGAUUCCCAGUAGUUAAGCUGCUCAGUGUAACCUGUUGAUUAUCAGACAUUUUUCUGAAAUACUUUUGGUAUCUGGUUCUCUGUGCAAAGUGAAAUUCUGUCACAUUUUAUUGCUUUGAGCAAUCCCAUCGUAUUUAUGCUUGUAUUUUGGCUGUCUUCACAUCUGCUCCCUGUUUUGUCCUGCAUCAGCCAAUAGUAACGACACCUGCAGCUGGAGCUGGAAGACCCUGUAUCUCCACGUCCUGAUCUGGAAUCUUGGCAGAGCCCGGUCUCCCAAAACCCAGAGCAACUAGUUCUGUAUUUUUAUUGUUUUUCAAACUUGAAACAGUUGGCUACAAUGAAACUCUGAGCAGGUUUCAAUCAGAAUAAUCUGGACAGACAAUAACUAUAAUAUAAAUUCUCACCGGAAUGGACAUUGAUCUGAAAUGCUGACUGUGGUUUUCAGUUCAUUGAUGCUUUCUGAUCUGCCACACAAUUCCAGCAUUUUCUGUUUUGAUGACUCAUGCAUUGCUUUUUUAUUUCUUGAGGGUCAUUAAGUGUUGUAAUAGGGUACAUCCUGCAUACAGAUGUUGGGUCUGCACUGCUGAGUGCUAAGGCACAUCUGGCUAACACUAACAUCAGAGACAUUACUGCUCCAGUUGGUUAAUUACCAUUACUUGAAAUUAUGUUCUGGCUUCUGACUCAGAUUGAUACACUCAUGAUUGAAUAGGACAUCAAAUAUUAAUUUAAAAGGAAACCAUAAUGAAGUGGAAAUUAAGAGCUAUCAAGUUGCGACUGAGAAACCAUGAUCUGACAGGAAGAGAUGCUUCGAACGACUGCCUCUCACUCUAUUGCCACUCGGUUUCGAUCCACAGCACUGCUAUGCAACACAUGCAUCUCAUCUCACAAUCUGUUCCCGGUAUCAACAGUAUGUACACUUUGAGUUGUCAGAUACGGUGAGCCAGUGAGUUCAACAGAUGAAUGAUGGCCACCUUCGCUGGACUGAUCCGAUCCUUGUCCAUUGUAUACAGCUAAAGGAUGGCCAAGCUGUAGCUGGAUAAGGAAUGAGGUUCUGACCAUUGGCUUUUUCACCAGCCAUUGCCCCUGCACUUAGCACACAAAACUGUGAGGGAAUUUAAAUUGUUUAAGUUUUGGAGGAGAUGUAAGUGUUAUACAGUGACAGCUUCUAUAUUUCAUUCUUUGUUACAUGACUACCUGGGGGGGGGGGGUGUGAACUACUUGGCUCCACCUCCUCUUGUACAUGGCCCUUUGCUGGUAUGUACUGUGGGUGAGUGAAGCCCUUCUGCUGCAUAUGUGAAAUGUCUGUGUAUCACCCAUUGGGUUAACCUAUUAAACAGUAAAACACCACUAAUAGCUUCAUAUUUUACUGCCUGUGCACUUUUUUUGCAUUACCAGUAAUGACAAGGUAAUGCUCAGUUGAAUAUAUGCUAAGGUCAAUCAAUUCUGCAUUCAGGAAUGUGAAACUAAAAUGACUUGUGAAUCAUGUUUACAAUAAAAAUAUUUGAUUGUUGAAAAACUUAAAAAAAAAACUGGAAAUCUGAAAUAAAAAUGGAAUAGGCUGGAAACACUCAGCA